GUAUCCUUCGCUCUGUUACCCUUUGGCAGCAUGCAAACAGCAGCUAGACCCCAUAAAUUCUUCUGCUCUUUCCUUCUUUAUUUACUUCCUCUUAUCCUUCCUGCUUCUUCUUCUUCUUCAUGGAGCUGAUUCAAACCUAUUCCAUAAAAACUCUCUUGGUCUUUGAGCAUACCAUCAAUAAAGAGCUGAUUAAGAGCCUGCAUGUGUACAGAUUGGAGGAUGGGAAGGAAAAAGAGGACGAGAGAGAGUUUGUCUUCAGAAGGGAUGGUCCAUAUGUGGAAAUGGCAGCUAACCCUCUCCUUAGAUCGCAGAAAUUUCGAGUUUCAGAGCUCUUUCAUGGCAGGGUUACUGGUUUGUGGCUCUGCAUUUUCGCUUUUCAUGCCGAUCGUCUCCCUCAUUUAUUCCCCAUUCCUCCUGUACUCUCCAUCACCAGGAACCCUAAGCUGAAGUCGAUCCCAAAUCUGGCGGAUGAUCUUCAGAUGAUUUUCCGGUGUGGGGGCGGCGUAGAGGAUGAACGGAUGUCAGGAGUUUCCCCUGAGGAAACAUUUGAAGAGAAUCAGAAUCAUUCAUCAAGAAGUCUGCCUGUAUUUGACCAAGACCUUAAUUGCCCCCCAAAUUCAGUUUCUGCUCUUCAAUUAUCUGAAACUCAAAAGGGUGAACAAGGCAUAAAAGGUAUAAUCAUGAUGAAGAAGAAGAAAAGGGCAACUUCUAAGGAUGUAUCUAGAAUUGCUAUGGAAGAUCUUGCAAAGUACUUUGAUGUUCCAAUAGUGGAAGCUUCUAAAAGUUUGAAAAUUGGAGUUACAGUUUUGAAGAAAAGAUGCAGAGAAUUAGGUAUUCCUCGCUGGCCUCACAGGAAGAUCAAAUCCCUUGAUGGUCUUAUUCGAGAUCUUCAGGUGUUGUUCUUCCCCUUUUGCUUAUCCAUCUAAGUCUAGGGAGAAAGCAAGCAGCAUAACAUCUUACGUUUCCAAAUUGACAUUGGUUAAUACAUUGAAAUGCUCUACAUUUCCUGAUGUUAAGUUGACCUAAUGAGCACUAUUAAUCUAAAAUUGCCUGUUCUUGCAUUUGACUUUGACCUUUACAUUGUUGAAUGAUUGUCAAUACACCAAAACAUAUCGUGACCAAUUCAAACAUGCUCUCUUGUGUAAACUCUUUGUGUGUGUCUGUUUAUGUUUGUUUACGUAGAAAAUUAGUGCAGGAAGAGGCGGCACAAUGGCAGCAUGAGGAUGAGGCUGCCGCAUUUGCCGUGGCAAAGAGGAGAAUGAUGUUGGAGACCGAGAAAGAAAUCAUAGAGAGGAAACCUUUCAUUGAAUUACAAAGGGAGACCAAGCAAUUCCGGCAGGAUGUUUUCAAGCGAAGGCACAAAGCUAGAGCUCUCAAAAAUCAAGGCAUGGAAGUGUUGAACACAAACACUACAUAAACGAGACCUUGUGUCUCAAAAACUUUAGAAACAUCACCAUUCCCAUAUUGACCUUUUUGCUUGGUAUGGUGAAAUAUUCCCUUCAGGAAACUUAAAAAUCACUGUAAAUACCCAUUAUGUAUAUAUGAUGGUAUCAUGAAGUGUUUUCUGUGUUUGAUACCAUUAUCCUAUAGCUAAGUGCUGAGAUUUUUUCUUGUUUCUCAAAAGUCAAAAAGAGACCUACCCUUUUAAUUGAUUAAAGGAUUUGUUGAUAA